AUGUCUAUCAAGUGUGAGAAGACGAUGUUUCUGCUAGUGAUCGGUGUGCUGUUGCCGUCCAUCAUCCUUGCGGUCGAUCCUCGCGAUCUUUACAGCUAUAUGGAUGAAGCUAGUGAGGUGCUGCCCCGUGGUGAUGAAGAGUUCCAGUACAUGGAUCUGGACAUGCCAGCCUACUUCUACAAUGAAAAAUACGACCGUGUUUACAUCAACACCAACGGCAUACUAUCGUUCGGCGGGGAGUUGGUAGGCUUCCUGAACUUACCCUUCCCGCUCGGAAAUCCAUUGAUCGCACCGUUCUACGCCAAUGUGGACACAACCCUGCCGAACGAUACGGCUACGAUCGUGUACUUUAAGUCACGCAAUCCAACGCUGCUCCAUCACACGACGAUGCUGGUGCACAAUGCCUUCAGCAACCACGUGGACUUCCAGGCGGAGCAAGUGUUUGUGGCAACCUGGGAGCACGUCGGGCACUACGCCAUGAAGAACGACGUGCUGAACUCGUUCCAGGUAGCGAUCAUACAGGGUGCGGCUGAUACGUUUGUGCAGUUCCUGUAUCCCGAGGAUGGAAUUAACUGGAUUCAGGGCGAUACGGGUGAUAGUGGACUGCCGGAUGUGAGGGCACAGGCGGGAUUUGCUGCCGAAGACGAUCGGACGUAUGCGCUGCCAGGUUCCGGUACCGAUAAUGUACGUCAUCUGACCAUAUCGUCCAACAUCAACCAGCCAGGACUUUGGCUAUACCGGGUAGGCCCGCUAGCACCGGAAGGAAACGUGGAGCAACCGGACCAACAGCGUGAACCAACCGAACCAAGAAGCUGUUCCGAUGGUGGUCGUUACAAGUGUCAUUCGGCAGCGUCCUGCGUGAACAGUAACUGGGGAUUCUGUUGUCAGUGCAAACCUGGAUAUUAUGGCAAUGGAUUCAGUUGCGUCAAGAGUGACAUUCCUCUUCGUGUGGCCGGUAAGGUGCUCGGCACCGUAAACGGUGAAGUCCUCGACACUCAGCUUCAAUCGUACAUCGUAAUGGCGGACGGGCGAACGUACACCGCGAUCAGUCCGCUCGAGGAGCAAAUGGGUACGAACUUACAGCUGACACACAUUCUCGGUGGUACGAUUGCAUGGCUGUUUGCGAAGCCUUUAGGAGAUACCAUUAACGGGUAUCAGCUGACGGGUGGAAAGUUUAAUCACACCAGCACACUCCAGUUCGAAACCGGAGAAAUGUUUCACAUCAACCAACAGUACAGUGGGCUAAACGUUUGGGAUCAACUCGCGCUGGAUGUGGAUCUUACCGGACAGUUGCCCGUGGUGCCGGCGCUGGAGAAGCUUCAGCUGGAUGAUUAUUCCGUUUCGUUCCGCCGCUCGGGGCGGGGACGACUGCAAGCAGUGUCCUCGCAUAACUUCCACCUAGAUUCACAGGGACGCAAUGUUUCGUACACACUGUAUCAGGACAUUACGUACGAGGGUUGCCGGGGUAAUGAGGAUGCUAAUGCGGGGAAGGAUGAGGGUAUGUUGAAGAUAAGUCGCAUCAAUCUGGGCUAUGAACCACGGGAGCGUGCCGUACGGAUGGGCAUGCUCAGCAAGAUGGUUGUGGGCGAUCAGUUCAAUCCGUGCGAUGAGUCCAACUGUGGAGACAAUACGGUUUGCGUUCCGAAACCGGAUGAUACGUUCGAUUGCAACUGCAAGAAUGGAUUCACCUACGUGCCUUACGGUAAAAGUGAUCGCAUCAACUGCGUAGACAUCGACGAGUGUGCCGGGAUCAAUAUCUGUGACGAAAACGCACAGUGCUAUAACGAACCGGGCGGUUAUAGCUGCCGCUGCAAUCCAGGUUUCGAGGGUAACGGUUUCCAGUGUGACAAAUUUACUGGCCACAGUCAACCAACCUCCUCCUCGUACACCGUAUCGACACCGGAGGGUUACGGUAGCUACAACGAGGUGGAUAGUGACCCGAACCAGGAAGAACCUUACCAUUGUGAGCGCUGUGCGGACUAUGCAGAGUGUGUCGAGGGUCAGUGCCAGUGUCGGUCGGGAUAUGCCGGCGAUGGCCUUACGUACUGUGAGGCACUUUGCGAUUCGGAAAGCGUAUGGAACGGUGAAGCUUGCGUCAAGGAAGCUUACGUCGAGGAGGAAGAGAUUGCACCGUUCUGUACGAUCCUGGGCUGUACGUGCCCUACCGGCUAUACGCUGAUUGAGUACGCAUUCAAUCAGAUUUGCCGCCGAGUGCCGUUGGACCCGGAGGAGGAAGAGGAAGCUCAUGCCGCCAACAUGCCUUCCUGCGAGGUGGAAAAUAAUUGCAGCCCACACGCAAACUGUGAGUGGCGUGACAAUGUAUACCGGUACGAGUGUAUCUGCAAUCCCGGGUACGAUGGCAAUGGGUAUACGUGUGUGGAGAAGGAAGUUUCCUGCCAGGAUGAUGAGGAAAUCUGCGACAUACAUGCUUCCUGUAAUUAUGCGCUCGAUUUGAAGAUGUCGGUUUGUACGUGUAACAAGGGAUACGAAGGUGAUGGCCGUACGUGUCAUCUAGCGCCGGAAUGUGCGGUGGAUGAUGAUUGUGGCAUGAACUCGGAAUGUCAGGCGGGGCUGUGCGUUUGUCAGGAAGGUUACGAACGGGAUCUUUCGGACUUUUGCGUUCGGGCCGGAUCUUGCGGUGGUGCGUACUGUGCCGAGAAUGCGAUGUGUGUAGUUGAUCCGGUACAGAAAAUUCCCUACUGUCACUGUCCGGCUGGGUACAUUGGGGAUGGAGUGUCCCAAUGCCGGUCGAUUCCACCACCUUGCAAUGUGCGCAACAACUGUGGACUGCACGCUUCCUGUGUACCAAGUUACAGAGAUCCAUCAUCGUACGAGUGUAUGUGCAAUCAGGGCUUCUUUGGUGAUGGAUUUGUCUGCACCCCGGAACGCAACUGUGCCAACAUUCCGAGUCUUUGCGAUCAGAACGCACGCUGCGAAUCGACCACCAACGGCUACCAGUGUAUCUGUAACGAUGGUUUCAUCGGUAACGGAUCGGUCUGCAAUACGGCACACCGGCUAGAUGAUGGAUUCCUGCUCAUAAGUCAAGGGGUGGCUAACAUUCGCGUACCGCUCAACGGUGGACAAGGUUACCCCGUUACGAUGGCCCUAAUGUCGAUCGGGCUUGAUCGUGAUUGUGCCGAGGGACGUAUCUACUGGAGCGAUAUACAUGCGAAGCAAAUUGUCAGCGCCAAGUACGACGGUACGGAUCAGAAACCGUUCAUCACGAAGGACAUUGUGUCGCCCGAGGGCGUUGCGGUGGAUUGGAUUUCGCGCCGCCUUUACUGGACCGAUUCGGCAAAGGAUACGAUCGAGGUGGCCAGCUUGGAGAAUCCGGACCAACGGACGGUGCUCGUUUCGAAGUAUCUCGUUAAUCCGCGCGGAAUUGCGGUUGAUCCGCAUCAGAGCAAGCUGUACUGGUCGGACUGGAAUCGGGACGGACCCAAGAUUGAGUGGUCGAAUUUGGACGGAACCGAGCGACAGUUGCUGGUCGGUAGUCCGCAAGUAGCACUGCCGAACAGCAUCCAGGUGUCGAUGGCAAGUGGGGAGUUGUGUUAUGCCGAUGCCGGCACGCAAAAGGUCGAGUGUAUUGACACGUACAGCAAAGGGAUACGUACGAUCGCGAGCAACCUAAGCUAUCCGUUCGGGUUGGCGGUUACCGAUGAUCUGUUCUACUGGACGGACUGGAAAACGAAAAAGAUCGAAAGCAUCAACCUGUACGGAGUACGCCAGAAGGCCAUCAAUUCGCCGGUGUUUGGCAAUCAUCGCAUGUACGGCAUGACCGCUGUCACGGACAAAUGCCCCCUAUUCCACAGCCCGUGCGUUAUCAACAACGGUGACUGUACGGAGGACAAGCUGUGCCUGAUCAAUCCGCGCGCACCGUCCGGUCGUAGCUGCAAGUGCGUCCGUAACUGUAACGACGUUAUAUUAGACUACUAA